UAGGCAGUGCUGUCGGGCGGCGCGCGGACUCGGAGCACAAGCUGACGCGCGGCUACUGCUGUUGCUGUGAACCGCAGGGAUGUGAGAAACGCGCCGUGUACGAGAGAAGAGACAGACAGGUCUCCUGACAACAUCAAAAGGACAGGACAUCUCUCUGACCUGAUUCAGUGAAAAACAGGAGGCGAGGAGCAGGUACUAUGUGGCCGCGUUGUGGGUGCCUGCGUGCGGCUCUGAGCGCGCGACGAUGUAAAAGGCAGCGCGUACGGAUUCUGCGGCAGUUGUGAUCGGGAAUAACUGAGAUUGGAAAACUCAGCGGGGCAUUGAAAACCACGCUGAUCACUGAGCAAAUAAUCAACCAGACAAUCAUUUGUAGACGUAUUCAUUGUGUGCGCCUCCAGGCGCCCCGUUCUUCGAUCGAUCACUACAGUGGAAGAGAGACAGUGCAUUUGAAUGUGAAUUUACACUCAAGGUUUUCGGUGCAAGUGAUUCCAUAGUUUCUGCCCUGCUCAAUUCAAAUCUGCUGGAAAGACCUUACAGGCAGGAACUGAGCUAUAUCUACGCUGAAUGAAGUCUGUGUGCUGCUGGUUUAGAAUGUUGUCACGAUAACAUCAGCCUGACUCCGCUCUGACUGCAGCAGGUGGGAGCCCAAGGGUCAGUCUGUGAGUGAGGACUGAGUCAGGAAUGAAUCAGCGCUGCGUUUGAUUGACGGACAGCUUGGUGAGAAACAAGGCCUCUGGAGAGCGAGAGUCCGAUAACAGGAGUGAAAGCGUCGCCACGGCAAUAUCAUCUUUCAGUCUUCACUGCCACUCGUCUUUCACAACAUGGCCCCUGCUGUAGCACCGGUCUCUUCUAUCGCUGUGUCUUUGAGGACAUAGAAAGACACCGGACACACGGCGUUCCUGGAGACUGAAAGCUGGGGAAGUGUCUUCGGGUCCGUAACAGAUGGACAAACUGUGUUAAACAUCAGUACCGUCACCUUUACAACUACUGUUUCCUAGUUAGGUAAUCGUUUUAGUGGUUCAAAGGGACUCGCAGUACAAUGAACGUUUUAGGAAGGUGCUGUCUCUGAUUUUAUAUGUUUCUGUGCAACAUCAAAGGCCAAUGCGUGUGGCUCGAGAGCCCAUCAUGGCCAGAACGCUGCUGAAGAUCCACCGCUAUUUCCGGCGUAAACCGGUACGCUUUUUCACCUUCAUCCUCCUCUACCUCACCGCCGGCAGCCUUGUUUUUCUCCACUCCGGCUUCUCCAGCGAUACUUCCACCACUAGCGCCUCUGGAAGCGGCCGUGACCCACUUAUAUCUGAAGGUGGGGGCGGCACAGGUGGUGGGAGCUCUACCUCUGAUGGUCUGGUGCUCCUGGGGAGGGUGUUUAAGGAGACACGGAGAGCCCCCCGGAGAUUUGGACCACCAUGGAUGAAGGAAAAUAGAGCACAGGAUGCACCGGAGUGGGCCAGAAGAGGAGUCGAUCAUACCAGCAGUUGGAGCCAUGGAGCCAAAGGAAGAACCACCAAAGAGAUGGAUGAUGGCAGAGCAAAGUACACCGGCUGCUAUGUUGAUGACACACAGAAACGGGCUCUUAGAGGGGUGUCCUUUUUUGACUACAAAAAAAUGACCGUCUUCCGUUGCCAGGACAACUGCGCUGAGAGGGGUUAUCUCUAUGCGGGUCUGGAGUUUGGAGCUGAGUGCUACUGUGGCCAUAAGAUCCAGGCGGCCAACGUGUCAGAGAGUGAAUGUAAUAUGGAGUGUAAAGGGGAGAAGAGUAACCUCUGUGGAGGACCUAAUCGACUGUCCAUAUACAGACUGGAGCUGAGCCAGGAGUCGGCCCGCCGAUAUGGAAGUGCCAUCUUCAAGGGAUGUUUCAAGAGGCCAGAUAACGUGACCCUGGCGCUUCCUGCUAGUGCUGUUAUUCAGAACAUGUCAGUGGACAAGUGUGUUGACUUGUGCACUGAGAAAGAAUUCUCUCUGGCUGCCUUGGGUGGCGAAAAAUGUCACUGUGGUUUUCCAACUCCUCUCUUCACUCUGCAUGAGCGUGAGGAUGAGGAACUGUGUCUCCAGCGAUGUGUAGGGGAAGACUUUGAGAGCUGCGGAAAUAAUGACUUCUUUGUAGUGUACCAGACCCAAGUGCAAGAUAAUCGCUGUAUGGACCGGCGCUUUUUACCCACUCGUUCCAAGCAUCUAAUGGCACUAGCUAGUUUCCCAGGAGCGGGGAAUACCUGGGCCCGUCACCUUAUUGAACUGGCCACGGGGCACUACACCGGGAGCUACUACUUUGAUGGCUCACUGUACAACAAAGGAUUCAAAGGGGAGAGAGAUCACUGGCGCAGCGGUAGAACCAUAUGUAUCAAGACCCAUGAGAGUGGCAGGAAGGAGAUUGACACCUUUGACGCUAGCAUCCUUAUGAUCCGGAACCCUUAUAAAGCGCUCAUGGCUGAAUUUAACCGAAAGUAUGGCGGCCAUAUUGGAUUUGCCUCUCAAGCUCACUGGAGGGGGAAAGAGUGGCCAGAGUUUGUGAAGAACUACGCUCCAUGGUGGGCAUCCCACACACUAGACUGGCUGAAAUAUGGGAAGAAAGUUCAAGUAGUGCACUUUGAGGAUUUAAAACGGGACCUUUUCUCUCACCUAAAAAGCAUGGUCAUCUUUCUGGGCCUGGAAGUGUCAGAGGACCGCCUGCUGUGUGUGGAAGGACAGAAAGAUGGGAACUUUAAACGCUCUGGGCUCAGAAAGCUGGAUUAUGACCCUUACACGCCUGAAAUGCGUGUCACCAUUGACGGGCUUAUUAAGACUGUGGACACGGCACUCAGAAAGAGAAACCUGUCUGGUGUACCUAAGGAGUACAUGCCCAGAUGAUACUCAUCUUCUGACAUUUGCUUUUUUUUUCACACACAUUUUUUCCCCCUUUUUUUCAGCUAUACACUUUUUCCCCCUAGAAUAUAAAAUUGUUUAUCGUCAUCUUCCAUUCAGUUUGCACAAAAGUACUG